CUUGUCUCUCAGCAUCACCUUUAAACCCCGUUAUCUUGAACCUGAAGAUGCUAGCAUCACUUCGUCGGCGAACUUCUACUCACCAUCGUCUGACAAGCCCAAGCCUUUCGAAUCGGACACUUGGGGCUCGGAUACCUAGGCGUUUCGCAUCGACGUCAACUUAUAAUGUCCACAUAGCUGGAUUAUACGAGGAGCAGACCGAGUUCCGAGAAGCUGUUGCUGAGUUUGCGCAGAAAGAAGUUGCUCCGCGAGCUGGUGAGAUUGACAAGACGAAUAACUCUCCUAUGGAUAUAUGGCCCAAGCUCGGCGACAUGGGUCUUCUCGGUGUCACUGUAUCUCCCGAGUACGGCGGACUCGGCCUGGGUUACUUCGCUCACACUCUCGCGAUGGAAGAGCUCUCUCGGGCCUCAGGUUCAGUUGCUCUUUCUUACGGCGCCCACUCCAAUCUCUGCGUCAACCAGAUUCACAGACAUGGGACGGAAGAGCAGAAGAGGAGGUAUCUACCACCAUUGGUGAGCGGGGAGAAGGUGGGAGCGUUGGCGAUGAGUGAGCCCGGCGCGGGGAGUGAUGUUGUCAGUAUGAAGUUAAGGGCAGAUAAGGUGGAUGGUGGAUGGAGGUUGAACGGGAAUAAGUUCUGGAUUACUAACGGGCCUAUCGCCUCGACAUUGGUGGUAUACGGGAAGACUUCACCGGAGAAAGGUUCUAAAGGAAUUACAGCCUUUAUCAUCGAAAAUACGUUCAAGGGCUUCUCGACACACCAGAAGUUGGACAAGGUUGGUAUGCGAGGGAGCGACACCUGUGAGCUGGUAUUUGAGAAUUGUGAAGUUCCAGAGGAGAACGUGCUCGGUAAGCUCGACAAAGGCGCUGCUGUACUGAUGUCUGGGCUUGAUCUCGAACGCCUUGUUCUCAGCGGUGGGCCACUGGGUCUCAUGCAAGCAGCGUUUGACUACGCUGUUGAGUAUGUCCAUGACCGCAAACAGUUCGAUCAACCAAUUGGGACGUUCCAGCUCAUGCAAGCCAAGAUUGCGGACAUGUAUACGAGCUUGAAUGCUAGUCGAUCGUACGUGUACGCCGUGGCGCGAGCUUGCGACAAGGGCCAGAUCAGCCGACGGGAUUGUGCUGGUGCAAUACUCUACUCUACCGAGAAGGCAAUCGAAGUGGCUCUCGAGGCAAUGCAAUGUCUAGGAGGAAAUGGAUACAUAAAUGACUAUCCUAUGGGGAGAAUAUUGCGGGACUCCAGGUUGUACGCCGUCGGUGCAGGUACUCAGGAGAUCAGAAGGAUGCUCAUUGGGAGAGAGUUUAACCAAGAGUUUUUGCGGCAAUGAUGGGGCGUUUCAUGUCGAGGCCUACCAGAAAUACUCAUACACUCUUUUUCUGGACGUCCUUGUAUACCAUGCAUAGUAUAGACUGUACCAUCCUCACCGUCCCAUGCUAGAACGCAGUGGCACCAAUUCAAG